AUGAGAGUACUGCUAUUGCUAGUGGUGUGCAUCGGCACUUAUGCUGCUGACGAACUUCCAACCACAACCGAUUUGAGCCAGGGAGCGAAGACUAAAAUUGAAGUUUCCGAGCUUCGUUUUCGACCAGAUGACAUGUUCAAACAUCUGGUAGAAAAAAUAGAGGAAUACUUUGCAUAUCUUUGCAAAAGAUGCGAGGAGUUCAUAAAGAAGAUUGAUGAAGAAAUUGAAAGUGAAAAGGUAAAAAAGGAUGCAGUGAAUCUUUGCAAGAUGGCGAUCAAGCGUGAACCCUGGACAGGGAUGUGCGUAACGCUUAUGACAGACAUCCUGGAAGCUGUAUACAAGCAACUACGACACUUUGAGCCCAAGCCCGAACUAUGCGCCCAUCUGCGACUUUGCGACUCUUGCGAUGUCAAUGUUACCAGAUCAGCACUGAAUAUAGUCGCUAGAUCUCCUGAAGCUAAUCCAGCUUUUCUGAUCAGCAAACUUUCGGAGCUGCAUUCUACCAUGACUCACUUCGCUACCACAAAUGUGCACAAGGAUGAGAUCAUUGACUUCUGA